AUGGAAGGUUCCUCUCACAUGCAGGUUUCCCUCACAGAACAAGAGGGCCUGAGCUGGAAGAAGCGGCCACUAGUCGAUGUCCGGCAGGAACGGGAGCAGAGGUGGAGAGGAAAAGCAGAGCCUCCCGAAGGCAAAGGAACCCCCAAACUCAAACUGAAGUGGAGGUGCCAGGAGGAGGACGAGUCCCCAGGCGGCUACUCCAAAGACGUGCUCCUGUGGCUCUUCCAGAAACAUGGCAAGGUGGUCAGCCUGGGCUUGGUGCUGUCUGAGCUGGACUACAAGAGUCUCAUGAUGCUCCUGUGCCAAGCAGCAGAGUGGCAACAGCUGAUCGCCCAGAUGCCUGAGGACGAGGAGGGCCCCACCUAUGCUGCCAAUGGCUACAAGAGGGGGGUCUCCAAAAUCCUCGGCGGCGACCCCAAGGGCAACAAUUUUCUGUACACCAACGGAAAGUGCGUCAUCAUCCGGAACAUCGACAACCCUGCUGUUGCUGACAUCUACACAGAGCAUGCCCACCAGGUGGUGGUGGCCAAGUACGCUGACGUGCCUCUGCCCCGUGUGUGCGCAGACGUGUCGGGGAAGCUGCGGAUCUGGGACACCACGCAGAAGGAGCACCUGCUGAAGUAUGAAUACCAGCCCUUUGCCGGGAAGAUCAAGGACAUUGCCUGGACCGAGGACAGCAAGCGGGUCGCUGUGGUCGGGGAGGGCAGGGAGAAGUUUGGUGCCGUCUUCCUGUGGGACAGCGGUUCGUCAGUUGGUGAGAUCACAGGGCACAACAAGGUCAUCAACAGCGUGGACAUCAAGCAGAGUCGGCCGUACCGCCUGGCCACGGGCAGCGACGACAACUGCGCUGCAUUCUUCGAGGGGCCACCGUUCAAGUUCAAGUUCACCAUUGGAGACCAUGGCCGCUUUGUCAACUGUGUGAGGUUCUCCCCCGAUGGGAACAGGUUUGCCACAGCCAGCGCUGACGGCCAGAUCUACAUCUACGACGGGAAGACGGGGGAGAAGGUGUGCGCCCUGGGAGGGGACAAGGCCCAUGAUGGGGGCAUUUACGCUAUUAGCUGGAGUCCUGACAGCUCUCACCUGCUCUCUGCCUCCGGGGACAAGACGUCCAAGAUCUGGGACGUCAGUGCGAAUUCCAUCGUCAACACGUUCACCAUGGGCACCAAUGUCCUGGACCAGCAGCUGGGCUGCUUGUGGCAAGGGGACCACCUGCUCAGCGUCUCGCUCUCGGGCUACAUCAACUACCUGGACAAGAACAACCCCAGCAAACCCCUGCGCAUCAUCAAGGGUCACAGUAAGUCCAUCCAGUGCCUGACGGUUCACAGGAACUCCGGCAAGUCAUACAUCUACUCGGGGAGCCACGAUGGGCACAUCAAUUACUGGGAUUCCGAGACGGGGGAGAAUGACUCCUUCGCAGGGAAAGGCCACACAAACCAAGUGUCCAGGAUGGCUGUGGACGAGGCGGGCCAUGGUCAAGCGGUGGUGAAGCUGGAUGUCCAACCCAAGUGCGUGGCUGUCGGUCCCGGGGGCUACACGGUGGUCGUGUGCAUUGGGCAGAUCGUCCUGCUCAAGGACCAGAAGAAGUGCUUCAGCAUCAGCCCGGACUACGAGCCCGAGGUGGUGGCGGUGCACCCUGGGGGGGACACGGUGGCUGUGGGAGGCUCGGAUGGGAAUGUCCGCCUCUACUCCAUCCUGGGCUCCACGUUGAAGAGUGAAGACAAGGUGCUGGAGGCCAAGGGCCCCGUGACGGACCUGAACAACAUCUUCUAUGGCCACCACGCAAAGAUCGUCUGCCUGGCCUGGUCCCCGGACAACGAGCACUUUGCUUCCGGCGGCAUGGACAUGAUGGUGUACGUGUGGACGCUGAGCGACCCCGAGACCAGAGUCAAGAUCCAAGAUGCCCACCGGCUGCACCACGUCAGCUCCCUGGCCUGGCUGGAUGAGCACACGCUGGUCACCACCUCCCACGACGCCUCUGUCAAAGAGUGGACAAUCACCUACUGAGGUCCCCUCGGACCGGCCGAAUCAGGGACUUGAACCUUCAUGCCGCGGAACCCGCUGUCCCCCCGAUGUUUCUGUACUGUGCCCGCCCGCCCGCCUGCCCCGGGGAGGCCGCCUGGGGUGCUCCUGGCCCCUCCGGGCAGCCAUGUCAGCCCGUGCCCUUCCGAAAGCUUUAGACGGUAACGUUUGCACAAAAUAAAGCGAGCACUUCAACCACGUGUGGAGCGUGACUAGUGCCCGAACCGCCGGCCCUGAGCAUUCCAGAGGCACGCACGCCGCACCCCUGCACGCAGGCUCGGAGUCCCCCCCUGUGCUGUGCCCAGUGGGCAGGCAGGCUGCAACCAGCGCCUGCAGGGCUGGAGGAGAGCAGGCAGCUGAGCCUGCUGGCCAGCCGGCCAGGCUGCGCCCAGGUUUCUGUGCUCGUGGGGGUGGCGGGUCUUCCUGGUCUGCUUUGCCUCCACGUGUCUGACUUGCCUGUCCUGUUUACAUGCCGCUGCUCUGCCCCCUGCCCUCUGCCCCCAGAGCAGGAGGGAGGAAGCAAGCUGCUACCAGUCUCCCUCUCUGUGGCCAAGCCUCCCUCGACCCGUGAGACCACUUGGAGACUAAGAGCUGUCUGAGAAAUCAUUAAAUCUUUUCUCUCCUC